UUGACUCUGAGGCAGUGUUAUCUUAUCUACCACAGACUGGGAAGAGCUCAUACCAUCUGGUAUCAGAGGGCAGUUCUUAUCCACAAUACUAGCUGAGUUAUCACUGGGAGAGGACAAAGUGGAAGAAGACAUAUACAGGCUUCUCUGCAGGAGCCCGUAGACUUGUGCAGUGCAGGUGCAAUACACAGCCAAUGCUAACAACUCUCAGAACUGGCUUUUACUGUCUACAUCUUAUUCACUAACUAGUUCUACAAGCUUUGUGUAGACAGAAGCCAGCUCCUAAUAGAAUAAACCCGUAAGUGCACAGGGCAGCUGUACCAUGGGUGCUGGGAGGCAAUGUGGAAGGAUAUGGGUUUUCUUAGCACUUAUAUUGAGUGUAUGGCUGGUGGUGGCACAUUCUCAAGCAACAACCAACUUUACCACAGAACAGGGAUUCAUUGGAGCUAUACUGGAAACCUAUGGAGUGGAUGGCAACCUCAGUGCCAGCAUUGUGGACAAGAUGUUGGAUGGCUGUGGAAAACCUGAGGAGAUGCACUUAAGUAACAACCAGUGCUAUUCGAAUGAAGAAAUCUUUGCUCCUUAUGGAGGCCAAAUUACAGAUGAAAACUUUCGAGAUGCAUGUCCAGCACUUUUAUAUCUAAUGUUUACUCACCCAUGUACAAAUGAGGAGCAAGCAGAUGAGAGGCCCACCAGUGCACAAGUUUGGGGAUUUGGCUUUCUCACGGUGACAAUCAUUAACUUGACAUCACUACUUGGACUGUUUAUUACCCCUCUUAUAAAGAAGCCUUAUUUUCCAAAAAUAUUAACUUACUUUGUGGGAUUGGCCAUUGGAACCUUGUUUUCGAAUGCUAUAUUUCAGCUUAUUCCAGAGGCAUUUGGAUUUGAUCCUAAACAUGAUAAUUACAUUUCAAAAGCAGUGGCUGUGUUUGGAGGCUUCUACAUCCUAAUGUUUGUGGAGAGAAUAUUGAAAAUGACUCUAAACGUCUAUGGAGAGGGUGUCCACACACACUUAGACAUUGACCACCCUCCUUGCCAGGAACUAAACACAGAACACCAGAAACGCAAUAAUGUAAAUGGAGCUGUCAUGUUUGUGAAUUCAGCCAUAGCAGACUUAAACGGUGCUGUCAGUCCAGAUCAAGUCAGUGUGGUUUCAUCAAAGGACUCAGAUGAAGUGGGCCAUUGUUGCAGAGUAAGAAAAUGGACGCCACUAAGGGAUAUUGGAACAAUGGCAUGGAUGAUUACAUUGAGUGAUGCCCUACAUAACUUAAUUGAUGGACUUGCUAUUGGAGCUUCAUUUACCCAGUCCCCUUUGCAGGGGCUGAGUACAUCUAUUGCGAUUCUCUGUGAGGAGUUUCCGCAUGAAUUUGGUGAUUUUGCCAUCUUGAUAAGUUCCGGGAUGAGUAUUCCUCAGGCGCUAUUCUUUAAUUUUACAUCAGCUUGCUCAUGUUACAUUGGACUGAUUAUUGGGAUUCUAGUGGGCAAUAACUUUGAACCUAAUAUCAUCUUUGGAAUAGCUGGAGGAAUGUUUCUGUACAUAGGACUCGCUGAUAUGUUUCCUGAAUUGAAUGACAUGCUCAAAGACAAGAUAAAAGGGAGAAAAACAGAUAUGGUGUAUUUUCUGGUUCAGAAUGCCGGUCUGUUGUCUGGAUUUGCCAUCAUUCUAUUAAUAACUCUGUAUGCAGGAGAAAUUAAACUUGCAUAAUAUGGAUUGCCGUAAUGGCUAGGAAUACACAGAAAGAUACAAAGAUAAUUCAAUGACUUUUACCUUCUCUUCUUUCAUACUUCAAGAAGUGAUGAUGAAUGAUCAAUGUUUAUGCAGACUUGGAUUACAAAAUACAAAGAAAGAAUUCAAAAACUUUGCAUUUGGAUUCAAGGCAUGAAUAACAAACUGCUGCUUCUUUAAGAGAAGCAAAUAUUUGUAUGUAUAUUUAUUGAAUGCACCAGGCAUUACCUGUACAGUGUUAUAGUGAGCCAACGGUGUUACAAUACAUGACACGCAUACAAUACUGGCAUCUCUUGCCCCUUCAUGAAUGUGAUUUUGGAGAAAAAAAAAAUCUAAUAAUGUGCUCACAUCCAAAUCACAUCCACUUGAUUUUUACGUUUUAUUCUUUUUUACUUAUUGGUAUGUAGAGUACUUUGAUCAAUACUUACAUUUUCUGUCUUUUGUUUCCAACUUUUGUAUUUUUUUAUUCUUAGCUGCACUUUAAAGCCAUAGAAUUAAUGAAGGACUAUGGGAUAUUUGUCAAUGCGCAAAACUAAAUAAUGGGUACAACAUCAAAAGAGUAUUUUUAUACAUGUUUAAAUGCAAGCAAGCCAAAUAUUAAAAUGUAUCAUUUCCCAAAGUGUUUCAUUUUUAUUGUAUAUUG